AUGCAUGAUACAUCCACGCUCCAGGGUCAAAAGUGCUCCCCGGGAUUUGACUGCCAACGGAGACAGGACCGCCGGCUCGCGCGCGCGGAUAACCUGGCGCAGCACGCGAGGACGCACGCGCGUGCGGAUGCGGAGGGCGUCGCGCACGUCGACAACGGGGUGUAUGCGCACGAGCCGGAGGACCCGCGUGCGGACGAGGCCGACGUCGAUUCGGAGGAUGAGAUUUAUGCGCAGCAACAGCAGCAACAACAGCAACAGCAACAGUACGCGACGUCCUUCGGCGUACCGAGUCAGGCGCAGGUCCAAGGUCAGGGGAUGGCGUCCGACUGGGUGCAGACCGCCUUCCCCGGCGCGGCGGCUACGGCUGCCGCCGUUCCGCCCGCGGUCGCCCACCUCCGCCACGGCAGCGGCGUCUCGUCCUCCUCGCUCGGCUCCACCAACUCGCUGCAGCUGCACUACCGGUACCUCUCGCCCGACUCGGCCUCGUCGCUCUCCGCGCCGUCGACCACGAUUGCGCCCGUCCGCUUGUCGAGCCUGAACCGGAGCCCGUCAAGCUUGUGCCGGAUGGUGUCGACGUCGUCGUAG